AAUCCAUCACCAAAACAUUACCCUUUCACCGCUGACAGUACCACAGUGGUAGCAAGAAUCCGCCCUUUGCUGGACAAAGAAUUAGACAGGGAUAUAAUUGUGCGCGCCGAAUCCAGUCAGGACGACAAGCCUACGAAUGUUGUACGGAUACCGAAUCCCAGGAACGAGGCGGAGAUGUUUAGUUUCGCGUUCAACGGCGUUUAUGAUUUGGAGACUACCCAGGAGGAACUAUUCAACAAAGAAAUCGCGCCGACUCUUAAGUCUUUAUUCCAAGGCCUCGAUACUACGAUUUUUGCAUAUGGCGUUACAGGUACGGGAAAGACGCAUACAAUGAGAGGUGGCAUGAAGCUGGCAGAGAGAGGAGUUAUUCCACGUUUGCUAAGUGGCAUCUACCGGAGAGGAAAGAAGGUCACCAAGGAUUCUGGCGGAGAGACGUCUGUCUCCGUUACCCUCUCGUACUACGAAAUCUACAACGACAAGGUCUAUGACCUAUUCGAGUCGCCCGACAGACGUUCUUUGGCAGGGCUGCCACUUCGCGAGAAAGAUGGAAAGACGAUCGUAGUUGGCUUGUCCGAACGGGAAUGUGACGAUCUAAAGGACUUUGAAAGGUUGUAUAUCGAGGCGAACAACAAUCGCAGCACAGCGGGCACGAAAUUGAACGCGCAAAGCAGUAGGAGUCAUGCGAUCCUGAUGGUUAAGGUUACGCAGAUCAACGGAGCCGAAACGCUAAUAAGCACGGCAUCUGCGAUUGAUCUGGCUGGUUCGGAAGACAACCGAAGGACAGAGAAUAACAAGGAGAGGAUGGUCGAAUCCGCGAGCAUCAACAAAUCUCUAUUCGUGUUAAGUCAGUGUGUUGAUGCCAUCGGGCGUGGGGACAAACGAAUUCCUUACCGGGAAUCCAAAAUGACCCGGAUUCUGAGCCUGGGUCAGAAUAACGGAAUUACGAUUAUGAUAUUAAACUUAGCGCCAUUGCGAUCAUAUCACUUAGACACUCUCUCAAGUCUCAACGUCAGCUCAAGGGCAAAGCGGAUAGAAGUCAGAGAGAUUGAGAACGAGGUAGUAUUCACACAACCGCCAAGAAAGGCAUCAGCUAUCACUGGAAAUAAUAUCUCUCGACAGCCAUUACGACCAUUGGCGAAUGCUCAUAAUACUCAUGUCACUAAUGUUGCUCAAAAAGCGGGGGAUAAACCCGCAAAAGCAUUCUCGGUGUACACGGACAAGGGAAAAUCAGCUCCACGAUCGUCAAAUCCACCUACUCAUCCAGCCCGGCCAGCCAAGAAAAGAACCUCGGACUCGUCGACUAACUCUCGUCCUACCAAGAUUGUCCGACCCACUGUGUCAGGUCCAAAAUCCGCGUCUGAAUUAUCAGCGUCCAAGAUUGAAGAAAUGAUUGAGCGCAAGGUAUCGGAGGCCCUGGCAACCCGUGCUCUCAACCAACCGACCGCCAAUCCCCCAUCCGAGAUCAGUGAGGCAGUUCAGCGACGCCUUGAAGCGUUGGAGAAAAAGAUAGAGGAUGGUGACGCGGAAGAUGAAAGGGCAGAAGGGUUACGAUUUCUUCUGAUGGCGAAGCAGCACAAGGAAAGAGGGGAGGACUUCAGUGCAUUGAAGAUGUAUGGGAUGGCUGUACCGUUCUUCCCCGGUCAAGAAAAGCUACGGAAGAAGAUCGACGGCCUAAAGGCAAAAAUUACAGCAAAGAGGGACGCAGAGGCAGCAUCUAGGGCACCAGUCCCAGUAGUAGUUCCAAAGCGGGGCGGGAUUGCAACAGCACCUAUCUCUGUAGUUGCACAACUGCCUACUCCUGCUGCAUCGUUCGAAAUCUCCCAACCUCAAUUUGAACCUCAACAUAAACCUGAACCUCAACCUCAACCCCAGGCCAAGAGAAGGAAAACAAAUACAGAGGAAUCCGAUGAUGAAUACAACGGCUCGGCGCUUAUGAUAGGAGGAGGCUACGAAGACGACGAUAGCUUUUCCUACAGGACAACAGCGAAGCCCAAGAAGCACAAGUCCAAAUCUACAGCUAAAUCCACACUUCACGUUUUCGCCGACGAUGCCAACACUAAUUCAAACCCACCGCAAACACCUCGCACACGGCAUCUCCUCGAUACCAUAAAUUCUCGAGACGUAGCACUUAUCAAAGGACUCAGUGGCAUCGGAGGAAAGAAAGCGAGGGACUUGAUUGAAUUUUUGGCACUGCAGGAUGAAGAAGAUGGAGGCACGAUCACAGAUUUGCAGCAGCUGAUAGGGAUGCCUGGGAUGGGGGCCCGGACUGUAGAGAGGGCUUAUGAGGGGAUUGCCGCUCUUCUUGUGUAG